AUGUUGAGGAAGACAACGGUUUCAUUAUGGCCCACUAUUACAAGAUCUAUACAACAUGUCAAGCCAGCGAGACAUGGCAUUCACAUUACUCGUCACAGGCCAUAUGGCUUCUUUUAUUCAACAGAAUCAGCAGCAGCAGCAACAGCAGCAGCACAGGCAACCACCUCAGAAGCAGCAGCAGCAGCAGAAUCCGCAUCCAAGAGACUACCUUGGGAACGGUACCGUGAACUCGUUGCAGCCAACCACAAUGAACAAAUCACAGCAGCCGAUUUACAGCAGUUAUCCAAAUUCACCGUAGUUGCCAAAACCAUCAAACCCAGUGAAGCCAUCACCCGUCUACAAGACAUUUUAAAAUACAUGAGCACUCGCAAAGACACCGAGCCCGACUUUAAAGCAGCGUUUCCCCUGUGCUGCAAUUUCUUGAUUCGAGCCUACAUCCGUCAUGGAGAUUUGAAAACAGCCCGAUUGGUGUUUGAUAAGAUGGCCAUGGUAGGCGAUGUCAAUGAAGGCACGCUCAGUGAAAUGCUAUCUGGCAUUCGACAAUUGGGCACCCGUGCGGAAAUCUAUGAAUUUCAAAAGACCAUGGAGCGUCAAGGACUCUGGGUCAACAGCAGUGUGGUGUACACCAACCUCAUUUAUGCGCUCAGAGAUUUUAAUGAUACACUGGGAUGUCGACAUUACUUUCAAGAGAUGAAGAGCAAGGGUUUGGCAGACACAGAGCAUGCUUACAAGGCCGUCAUGUCAGUCUAUCGCAAGGCCAAUUCACCGCAUGUCGUGCUCAAGUAUUUCAAUGAAAUGAAGGAAGCAGGCAUUCAACCCAGUAUCGCUGUCUAUGGCCUCUUGUUUCAAUCUUUCAGCCACGACGAUCCACAGCAGCACAAGGCCAUACUACAGUCCAUCUUUCAGGAAAUGAAAACCAGAAAUUUCCCUAUUGAUUUAGCAUUUUACCUACCCCUGGGGUGGGAGCCUCUGGACGCAUUACAGCAAAUGAUUAAUCACAAGCACCCUGUCAAAGUGCGAGAUUGCAAUGUGGGCCUAUCAUACUAUAUCAAAAACAACCAAUUUUCAGACGCCUUGAAUGUGAUGAAGUGGAUGAAUGAACACAAGGUCAAGAUGGAUUCCUACAGCUACGGCAUCAUGAUUGACGCACUCGCCAAGGACCCUGAUACAUCGCCUCAGCUUGUGUUUGACUUGUACGAGGACAUGAAGCGACACAAAUUGCUUCCUGAUACAGUCGUGUUUACAUCGCUCAUCUCCAACUGUUGCAAGAACCAAGAUUUGGAUAAAGCUCUGUCUCUGUUGCAAGAGAUGCAAAGCUAUGAAAUCAAGCCCAACACAUAUACAUUCAAUUCCAUACUCAAUGUCGUGACCAGCAUGACGGAUACAUCCUCGAUUGACGUAGAGCGAGCCAGUGUGAUUUGGUCACACAUGACAGAACUUGGUGUUCAACCAGAUACCCGUACCUGCAAUAUUUAUCUGUCGCUGAUUGCUCGAUUGAUCAAAGCGGCACCCAUACACCAUGAGCCAGCAAGACCAGCAGCAACACCCUUGGCAGACGAACGUUACAUACAAAAGACGGCAUUGUGGGAGGAAAUAGAAGAUACCAACCGCCGAGUACCUCAAACGGUGAAAGAGAUGCAGAGAAUGUACCGCUACAUGAGACGACACAAGCUGGAAAGCAUGCAGCCUGAUUUUGUCACCUAUGCCAUUGUCAUCAGUGCCAUGUCUACGGCGGGUGAAGUGCGAUCUGCCAUGCAAGUGUAUGACGAUGCCAAAAUCAAUCGAGUGACACUCCCAAUACCCGCUUACAACAACAUGAUGAUGGCCUUACAGCGUUGUGGACGAGUAUCUGAAUCCAUGGGCAUCUGGCAUGACAUGAAGCUUCAGGGCGUGCUACCCAACAGUACUACUUACAGCAUCGUGUUGGAGAAUUGCGAGCAAUUGGGCUUAGUGGAUUCCAUUGAAAACAUUCGUAGACAGAGAAAAUUAGAUUUUGAUAGAUUGCAGGAAUUAGAAAGAAAAAGGGAGAUGCGUAAAUUAGAGAAAUCUCUCUCAAAAAGGCCACAAUAA